AUGGACGACUUCAGCUUCCCGACGCUGGCCAUGGACGCUGACUCCCUCUGCCAGCUCCCUUUCCCCCAUUUCGCCGCCUCUCCGCUGUGGUUCCUCUCCUCCGCCUCCGACGAGAGGGCGGUGGCCCGCAGCGUCUCCUCCUCCGAGGACGCUGGCAGGGACGCGGUUCGUGAAGAGGAUCCCGGCUCCGCCGCCGCGAGCGACGGCGGCGCUGCCGACGGGCCUCCGGCGAGCGAGAAGAUGGAUCAGCUGUGGGAGGACUUCAACGAGGAGCUGGCUUGGCUCUCCUACCGCCAGAUGGAAGCGGAGGGGAAGUUCAGCGCCGACGACUCAGCUCCGGUGUUCUGGCUGGUCGACUCCAAACCGAGGAAGACGAAGGUGGGCCUCCGAGCUCUGCGGAGGACCGACAGCGGCGGAAGCAUCAGCACCACGGGCAGCGGCAUGGUUCACCACCAGAGCCCGGGCUUGGUGGCGGCGCUUAAGCUGAUGAAAAGGGUGCUCUUGAUGAAGACGAGGCACUGCGACGAGCAGCACUCUCACCGCUGA